AUGCCGACGACAUCGUGGUGCGCCCACCCCAUCGAUCGAAGAGGCAGCGCGCGCACCCAGCACCCCAUAUAUACGACGUGCGGCCCUCCCGCCACUCACAACCGCAAGAGAUCGCGUACGAUUCGGCUGCCGCUCGUCCGGGGCGCUCUUUCUACUCUUCUUUCUCUGUUCAUCUGUCUUUCAUGCCGCGCCGGGGCUGAUGCGGGCGCCGCCAUGCCGCGCUGCCUCAUGGCCAAGAAAUGGAAGGCGGGCCCGGCGGCGGAGCUGGCCGAUGACUCGGAUGAGGAGAUCGACGUGGUCGGUGAGGGGCGCGGCCGCAGCCCCGCGCCCGCCGCCACCGCACCCGGCCCGCAGCCGCGCGAUCCUGAGCCUACGCUCCUCUACAACGGUAAGUGCCCGACGCGACCUUCAUCCCUACCACACCGCACUAAUACAUAUAAAUAA